UUCCCUCCAGAAACUAAGACCUUACACUUGUCAUUAAUAAAAACUACCCUAGAUCUGAUACUGACAAUACCGUUUAAUAAUAUAAUUGAUAAAGUCAACCACAAAGACUCGAAUAUGCUGGAGCAACAGCUUAAAGCAGUAUUCAAGAUUAAUAAUUAUAAUCUUUUAUUAUAAAUAAACACAAGAUAAAUACUAGAGUACUGCUAUUCACUCCUCACUUACUAACUUAAGCCAGAUUAAAAAUAUCAUAAUAAUCACACAUGCUUUUACUAAGAUAGAUACCAGCCAAGUAA